AUGCGGGCGAAAGAGUUCGCAGACAAUCAAUUCCAUGCAUCGGGGGAUCGCCUGUUUUGUAGCACGUGUAAUAUCGCUGUGGACCAUACGAGGAAAGACAGCUGCGGUAAACACCUUGAGACCCAGGGUCACAAACGAAGAUAUAAGUCCUUGGAGGAGUCUCUAUCGAAGAAAGCUAAGCUUCAGGUCAGUCUGAGUGAAGCUCUCGGCCAACGAAGUGAAGCAGAGCUAGAGAAGGAAUCGACGCUUGUGAGUCUCGUUGAAGCUUUUGCGGCCGCUAACAUCCCGUUGCAUACCCUCGAUAAUCCGAAGUUGCGGAUGUUCCUCCAAUCGAAUAUGAAGUCUUGCGGGGUCAUCCCUUGGGCGAGCAAUCUUCGUCGAAAUUACCUUCCGAAAGCAUUCAAUGUCCACGUCAGGAACUUGAAGGAACUUCUCGGAGGAAGUAGAUCCGUCGCGAUCGUUUGCGACGAAACAACAGACAGAGAGGAUCGUUACAUCCUCAACGUUCUGGCGAUUCCAUGUUGUGAAGAGGUCGAAGAGCCAACGUUGAAGGCAUUUCUCCUCGAAUGCAACGUUUUGGAAAGUACAAAUUUCAAAACGGUCAGCGAUGCGGUCCUGAAGAUUUUGCAAAGAUACGAGAUUUCUCCCUUACGCGUUAGUGCUUUCGUAACAGACAAUGCUACGUAUAUGAACAAAGCUUGGAAAGAUUCAUUGAAGUACAUCUUCCUCAACGGAACCCAUGUGACUUGCACCGCUCACCUCUUGAAUCUUGUUUGCGAAGAGUGGGUCUCGUCGUUUCGCACGGUGAAUAAGCUUGUCUGCAGCAUCAAGAGAGCCUUCACGGCUUGCCCGGCUCGGAAAGCAAGGUUCAAACAAUUUCUGAGGGAUAACGGGAAAAUCGAAAAGCUCCCUCCAGUUCCAGUCCUUACCCGAUGGAAUAGUUGGUUCCGGGCAGCCCUUUUCCACGCGGAGUAUCUUGAGAAUUACCACGAGUUUUUCACCAAAGAAAUGGAAGGGAGCUCGAGCAGUUCGCUUUCGGAAACAAGAGACCUCUGCGCCUCCCCUUGCGUCGAAACUCAGCUAGCCCAGUUGAGGGAAUACGCCCCUCGUAUCAUGGAAGCUUUAACGAAGUAUGAAAGCAACGAAGUGAGCGCGCACCUAGUUUCUGAAGACAUGGCCCUGCUCAUCGAAUGGUUGGAAGUUUUUGCGGCUCAUGAAGGAAACCUCGAAGUUACCAGGAUCGCGCUCCAAAAAUCUGCUGAAAGAUUGCGAAAUUAUCUUUCGGGGGAGGCUACGGCCAAGUUCAGGCAACCGGCCGCUGACUUUUUUCGUGCCUGCCGUGUUUUCGAUCCGUCCAACCUGAGUACAACUGAGAUUCCUGCUGAGUUCGUCAUCAAGAACGUGAGAUGGUUCGAGGACGACAACCUAGCCAAAGCGGAGCUCCAGUUGUAUCUUUCACGCCCGGAAGAGCUUAGAGCGUCCUUGCAUCCAGUCGAGUUCUGGGUAAAUGCAGCACCCAGAUUUCCGAACUUGGCCGGCAUCGCUCUCAGUUGUCUGAGCGUGCCGGUUAACAGUGUCGCCGCGGAGCGAUCCUUCAGUCAGUACUCUGGGGUUCUCCGUGACGACAGACGUUGUAUAAAAAGUGGAAACCUCAGUAUGUAUAACAUGCUGUAUCAUAACAAUGAGGGAAUCUGA